AGCUGCCACCCGGCCGCCGGGCCCAGGCAGAGGCCACCCGCCCGCCGCCGGGCACGCACCGCGCGCAGACACUCUCCAAACAAUGAUCCUGGGCGCCCAGUCGGGCGGCGGACGGCGAGGCCACCGACGGCGAGGCCAGAGGAGCGCAGCCCCGAGGUGUCUGCUCCAGGACCUACCUCUGUCUGCCACAAGACUACGCCAGAGGGCUGGGCACAAGAUGAACCAGCACACUACUGGCCCACGAUGCUCCAGACCAUCCGACUGAACCCUGAGAGCCCCAAAAUGUCUGCGUGCAGUGACUUUGUGGAGCAUAUCUGGAAGCCCGGGUCCUGCAAGAACUGCUUCUGCCUACGGAGCGACCACCAGCUGGCAGCUGGCUGUCCCCAGCCCAGAGCAGGCAGCCUGCCCCCUCCACCACGCCUGCCCCCCAGGCCUGAGAAUUGCCGCCUGGAAGAUGAAGGUGUGAACAGCUCACCCUAUUCCAAGCCCACGAUUGCUGUGAAACCCACCAUGAUGAGCUCAGAGACUUCCGACGUGUGGACGGAGGCCAACCUGAGUGCUGACGUCCAGCAGGCACUCUGGAGACGAGCCCCGGGCAAGCUCCCCCUCCCAAAGCAGGAAAGCAUGCCUAUAGUUUACCUGGGCAGCUUCCGCGGCAUACAGAAGCCUGCGGCUCCCCCUGCCUGCGCGGAUGGUGGCCCUCGCUGUCCCCCUGCCUACGCCAUGGUGGGCCUGCACAACCUGGAGGCCCGUGGGGAAAGGAACAUCGCCAUCCACCCUGGGAGCUUCCCCGACGAGAAGCCUGGACGGGAAGAGAAACCCCCCUUUCCCUACCCAGAGCUGCCCACGGCUCAGGAGAGCUUCCGCCAGAAACUGGCCGCGUUUGCCGGGAUGACAUCUGGCUGUCCCAAGAGCCCUAGGCCCUGCCCCUCUCCUCAGCCCCUGCGGGAGUCCCUGCCCUCUGAGGAUGACAGCGAUCAAAGGUGCUCGCCCUCUGGGGACAGUGAAGGCGGAGAAUACUGCUCCAUUGUGGACUGUUGCCCCGGGAGCCCUGUGGCCAAGGAUGCUGCUCUUGCUGAGGGCUCCCGGGGCAGACCUGGCGCAGGGACCUGCUCGCCCACCUGCUGGGAGCAGGGAACUUGUGCUGGGCCUAAGGACGAGGAGAAGCGGGUUCUGAGCUUCCCCAGUGAGUGCUGUGGCCAGGGCCCCACAGCCAACAGGCCCCACCUGGGGCCCAAGAAGCUGUCCCUUGCUUCAGACGCCGCCAGUUCUUCCGAUGGCCUGUCCUGCGGCAGCACCCACAGUGGCGCCAGCAGCCCCUUCGCUGCCCACCUUGAGAGCGAUUACUGCUCCCUGGUGAAGGAACCAGAGUCUGGGAAGCAACAGGACUCGGGCUGCCACUUGGCGACCUCUAGCAGAUGCCCAGGGCUGGCUGCAGAGCCCCAGGCCCCACCCCACCCCAGGGAGGCUGUACAGCCAGAGCCCAUCUAUGCCGAGAGCACCAAGAGGAAGAAACCAGUGCCGGUGCCUUCCAGGCCACAGGCCAAGGCAGAACAGGCAGCAGCUACUCAGGGCCAAGGCCAGGGCCAGGGCCAGGUAUGGACAGGUGAUGUCUGGACUCAGAAAACAGUGUCUGGCUGGAGUCAGGACAGGGAAGGCUCAGACAGGACUCCCCAGGUGUCAGCUACCAUUACAGUUAUGGCGGCCCACCCAGAAGAGGACCAUCGGACCAUCUACCUGAGUAGCCCUGACUCUGCAGUGGGGGUGCAGUGGCCACGUGGGCCUGUGAGCCAGAACUCAGAGGCUGGGGAAGAGCAGACCCCAGAUGGGCAGGGACCGAGCUCCAGUGAGAGCCAUCCUCAUGAUGCGACUGAGAGCACACCCAAGGCCAGGCCUGCCAUCCCCCCCAAGCUGUCUAAGAGUAGCCCUGGUGCAUCUCCGUCCUCUUCCCCACUGGCUGACCCCGGUGAGGGGGGCUCCAGUGGCAGUGGCCUUGGACCCCAGCCUUCAUCCCAAGGCCCCACCGACCCCGCUUCUUCCUGUCGGAUCAAUGGCAUCGUCAGCAAUGAGCCUGCCAGAUGUCUUCCACCCGCCACCUCUUCAGCCUUGGACCAGAGGCGGCCCAGGUUCCAGACUGGUGCCUGGAGUCGUCAGUGCCGGAUAGAGGAAGAGGAGGAGGUGGAGCAGGAAUUGUUGAGUCAAAGCUGGGGAAGAGAGACAGAAAAUGGCAUCAUGGACCAUUCAAAUUCCUCUACCUGGCACCGUCUCCACAGCAUGGAUGGCUCCUCGGGACAGAAUAGCAAAGCUGGGACUGGGAUGAGCAAAUCGGCUUCUUUUGCCUUUGAGUUUCCCAAGGACAGAAGCAGGAUGGAGGCAUUCUCACCUCCUCCCCCGCCUCCCAAGUCCAGGCACCUUUUAAAAAUGAACAAGAGCAGCUCUGAUUUGGAAAAAGUGAGCCAGAGCUCUGCAGAGAGCCUCAGCCCGUCCUUCCGGGGUGUCCCCAUCAGCUUCACCACCGGCUCCACAGACAGCCUGGCCUCAGACUCAAGGACCUGCAGUGAUGGAGGUCCACCCUAUGAGCCGACCCACUCGCCCACCAUCAGUGGGAAGAAGCUUUUUGCUCCUGUCCCAUUCCCUUCGGGCUCCACUGAGGAUGUGACCCACAGUGGCCCUGCUCAGCCCCCUCCACUGCCCCAGAAAAAGUUAGUGAGCCGGGCAGCCUCCUCUCCUGAUGGCUUCUUCUGGACCCAAGGCUCCCCCAGGACGCGAACCACAAGCCCUAAGCUGAACCUCAGCCACUCGGAAACCAAUGUCUGUGUCCAUGAUGAGACUCACUUUAGCUAUUCCCUGAGCCCUGGGAACCGCCAUCACCACGUUUUCUCCUCUUCUGAGCCUCUGGAGAAAGCUUUCAAAGGCAAUGGCCACUGGGUCCCCGUCCCAGGGCUGGCGGGCGGCAAAGGCAGCUGCGGGAGCCCCAGCCUCCAGUGCAAAGCCGCCACCUCCACCUCGUCCUCCCAGCUCAGCGUGUGCAGCCAGGCCUCCUCCAGCAGCACCCAGCUGCAGCUCCACAGUCUCCUGAGCAGCAUCAGCAGCAAGGAAGGCACCUACGCCAAGCUGGGGGGGCUCUACACGCAGUCCCUGGCCCGUCUCGUGGCCAAGUGUGAGGACCUCUUCAUGGGCGGCCAGAAAAAGGAGCUUCACUUCAAUGAGAACAACUGGUCCCUCUUCAAGCUGACUUGUAACAAGCCCUGCUGUGACUCGGGGGACGCUAUUUAUUACUGUGCUACCUGCUCCGAGGACCCUGGCAGCACCUAUGCUGUGAAAAUCUGCAAAACCCCUGAGCCCAAAACAGCCUCAUACUGCAGCCCCUCUGUGCCCGUGCACUUCAACAUCCAGCAGGAUUGCGGCCACUUUGUGGCCUCAGUGCCCUCCAGCAUGCUCACCUCUCCGGACGCACCCAAGGACUCUCUGCCUGCUCCACCUUUACAGCCCCCUGCGCAGGAGCAGGACUGUGUAGUGGUCAUCACCCGAGAGGUGCCUCACCAGACGGCCUCUGACUUUGUGCGGGACUCUGCUGCCAGCCAUCGGGCUGAGCCUGAGGCUUAUGAGCGGCGCGUGUGCUUCCUGCUUCUGCAGCUGUGCAACGGGCUGGAGCACCUGAAGGAACACAGGAUCAUCCAUCGGGACCUGUGCCUGGAGAACCUGCUGUUGGUGCACUGCAGUCCCCAGGCCUCCCCCGGGCCCUCCCCUAAUGUCCCUGCCCCUCCCACCACCACAUCCCCUAGCCCUUCUGCCUCCCAAGCCAGUGUCACUCCCAGUCCCCCAACUGUUCCCACCUGUCAGGGUGUGCCUAGUGAGAAGCAGUUGCCCAGGCUCAUCAUUAGCAACUUCCUGAAGGCCAAGCAGAAGCCAGGAAGCACUACCAACCUGCAGCAGAAAAAGAGCCAGGCCCGGCUGGCCCCCGAGAUCGUGUCUGCCUCCCAGUACAGCAAGUUUGAUGAGUUCCAGACAGGCAUUCUCAUCUAUGAGCUGCUGCACCAGCCCAACCCCUUUGAGGUGCGGACCCAGCUGCGGGAACAGGACUAUCGGAGGGAAGACCUGCCUCCACUACCCACCCUGUCCCUCUACUCGCCUGGCCUGCAGCAGCUGGCCCACUUGCUGCUGGAGGCUGACCCUAUCAAGCGCAUCCGCAUAGGUGAGGCCAAGAGGGUGCUGCAGUGCCUGCUGUGGGGGCCCCGGCGGGAGCUAGUGGAGCAACCGGGCACCUCUGAGGAGGUGCUGUGCAGCACCCUGCAUAACUGGAUCGACAUGAAGAGGGCCCUGAUGAUGAUGAAGUUUGCAGAGAAGGCGGUGGAUCGCAGGCGAGGGGUGGAGCUGGAGGACUGGCUUUGCUGUCAGUACCUGGCGUCCGCUGAGCCCGGAGCCCUCUUGCAAUCACUGAAGCUCCUGCAGCUUCUAUGAGCAAAGCCCCCACCUUGCGCUUUUACUGCCCCCUUCUAUACCUUCCCCUGUGCCCUUGCCUUGCCUUGGAAACAUCCAUGUCUCCCCGGGAAAUGGUACAAACGACUGUCAUACCUGGAUGUAAAAUAUAUGUACAAAUAAUAUAUAAAUUUGAAAGACUAAGGACAUCAUUGCCCAUUCUAGCCUCCCCUCCUCGCCAACCCCCCACCCACCUGCCAUUUUCUCCUAUAAUCAUGUAAAUUUCUAGAUCAGUGCAAGGAAUUAAGUUCUGCCAACAACCUGAAGCCAAGAUGCUGGCCUGACUACCCCAUUAUGGAAUCUCUUCACCCUCUUGUCAAACUGUAAUUUAAACAACAAUAAAAAAAAAAAAAGUUUUAAAAAGCAACACUAGCAUUGGACCAAAACUUUAGGUUGGGUCACAAGCCAAGGCUGUUUUAUCCUCAUGAGCCUAGAUGCACUAAGAUCUCUUGACAGCAUUGAAUCCAAACCUCUACAAUCAUAGCAGGGCUCUCUUAAAAUGCUUGGUCUUAUACUUCUCAUGAAAUGGCAGCAGUCAAUGGAGCCCUGAAUGUGUUGAUACCAAUUAAUCCUCCCACCUAGCAGCCUCCUAGAAAGAAUCCAAACAAGGCUGGUGUGAUCUCAGUCCUUUGGAGUUCAACCCACUACUUCAAACACAUUUCCAGUUUGCUAAAACUGAUCUUCAAAGGCCUGGCUGAAAACACAGUUCACCCCCAGAUGGUUCAGAUGAAAAGAUCUUUAACGGAAUCACUUAGGAAGUCCUAGACAAGCUAAGGAACAAUCAAAAAAGGAUGAUGGGCGGGCUAGGGGUACAGCUUAGUUGGUAGAGUGUUUGCAUUGCAUGCACAAGCCCUGGAGUUCAAUCCCCAGCACACCACACACACACACACACAGACAUACACAAAGGAUGAUGGUGCAAAAGCAAGAACUGGAACUACUACAGAACAGGCGCCACCUGCAGGAGGAGUUUGCACUGUGGUCCAGAGGUGGAAGAGGGAAGAAUUUAUGUAUUUCGUAACCCUCUUUCCCCUCUGUCAUCUCCAGGCUCAGACCAAUUGGGACACCACACAGCAAGGACAUUUGGAUAUGCUGUUUGCAGGGUCAGCUUCCUGGGCGGGGAGAAAGUAGAGAAAGAUUAGGGUGUUAUGUGACAAACAGCCCAUUGUUCCGACUGUGCCAGUGCAAGAGUGGAACUCAGGAGUUUCAAUUCCCAGACCAGUAUUUUCUUUGCUGUUCUAAGUUCCUUCUGGUCUCCUUUUCUUAAAUUAUUUAAUGUAUGCUUUGAGCCAGGGAUGAAGGCUCACACCUGUAAUUCCACCAACUUGGGAAACUGAGGCAGGAAGAUGGCAAGCUCUAGACCAGCCUGGGCAAAAAAAUAAAAAAGGGGUGUAACUCAGUGGUAGAGCACCCCUGGUAAAUGAUCAGUACCAUAAAAAAUGAAUAAAUGUUUCUUGGCACCUGCUACCCACCAAGGUCAGUGUUUGUGCCCAUGCGUUUAAAAAUGCACCAAAUCAUGCCUGUAAUCCUAGCUGCUCAUGAGGCUUAGGCAGGAAGAUUGCAAGUUCAACACCAGCCUCAGCAACUUAGCAAGGCUGUAGGCACUUAAUGAGACCCUAUCUCUAAAUAAAAGAACUUUUUAAAAACUGGGGAUGUGGUUCAGUAUCUGAGUUCAAUUCCAGAUAUCCAAAAAAAAAAUAAAAAUAAAAAAGUAAAAGUGCUCCAAGUGGAUUAGGAGACAUCAGAUCUUUCCUUUUCGAAACUAGUCACACAAAAAAAGUAAAAAAAUAACUAAUUUGGAAGGAAACAGCCCCAAGACCCUUGUAUUUUUACCUAAAAGUGAACUAACUAAUUUGUUCUAACUAGUGAACUAAUUAAUUUCUAAGACCUUGUUAAUGACCUAUGGACAAUUUAAAACAAAUGCAUAGAUGUCCUGUGUGGUUAGCAAUCAGGAUGGAGAACUCUCUCAGGUCUCUUCCUGCAUAUGAAUGUCACCUCUUCUGCAAGCUCCAUCUUCUGCAUCUGGUUACACAUAAACACAUCUACAUUUUCAUGCAUCAGUGGGUAAGACCUCACCUGGGGGUACAAUUGUAAUUUUCAUCAUUGCCUGAGCUUUUGAGGAAAAGAGCUGGCUAAAGUUAGCUCCCAGCUAUAUACAAGAAGGAAAAAAAAUCUUUUGAGCAUGGAAAUCAUAAUCCUCUGCAAGAUCUAUCUGUUUCAGGGGAUGUUAUUUUGUCAGUUGUUUUUCCUUGGGAAUUUUCUAGGCAAAACCCUCCUCCCUCGAUUUGCUUUUGUUUUCUUGUCCUUUCUCAUUUCAAACAAACAAUGGAGAGGGAGGAAACAAACAUGUCGCCAGGAGUAUACGUGGUGCCAUUUGGAAACACAUGGCGCAGGAGGCAUCUUUUUAAUCCCUGAAUUAAUUGCACCUCUUUAAUAUGCCACCCACUUUGGGGGCAAAAUUAGGUUGCACAAAUGGUUUUAAAACCAAAAUGAAGCGAAAAAUUAAGGUGGUUAAGAGAAGAAACUAUCGCCAUAAAUUCUGAUUGAGAAGACUGAGAGCAAUUAAACUUAACUUCUGAGCUGCCCACCAACCUAGAAAAAGAAAACAGGGGUGACAGAAUUCCUUUUGUGUGAUUUUAGGGAACUGCUCAUCAGGAGGAACAAACCUUUGCCCAGCACUUGAUUCUAAAGGAAAUUUGUCAAUGAGUCUUUGUUUGAAGACGUUGGAAAAUCAAUCAAAAAACAAUUUUUAAAAGCAAGAAGAAAGCAUUUUUUUUUUU